UAUUCCUAGUCACUUCAUGUAACAGAAACCGGGAUAAGCUCCAGCCUGAUGGGCUACUUGGCCCAUAUGUAUACUUUACCUUUUACUAUACUUGACACUGCUACUGUAAUUGGAGCCUAGUUCAUGUACAAGUCAUGCAUUUUCUGAUAAAUAAGAGUUACAACAAACAUUAGACAUCCAUUUACUCAAUGUACACAUGUACAAGUCAGUUACAGAGAGUUCAAGCUUGAAUUUGUUUUCACUUUAUUUUCACAACUGCUUAAGCUGUUUAUUUAACUGUAAUGAUCAUGGAUGUCUUUGCAUUACAGAGAUUAUUAAUAAAGGUGAUAAGUCACAUUGUUAAUAUUAUUUUUCUUGUAACGUUGUAUUUUCAGUGCCCCCACUCUUUGUGAUAGAAUUUUUACACAGAGUUGUGGACACGUUUACAGAGUACUUUAACAGCUGUAAUGAGACGUCUAUAAAGGAGCAUAUUGUUGUAGUAUUUGAGUUACUUGAGGAGAUGCUUGAUAAUGGCUUUCCUCUAGCAACAGAACCUAAUAUCUUACGGGAACUUAUUAAUCCUCCAAGUAUUGUCAGACAAGUUGUCAAUACAGUGACUGGUGGUUCACAUGUCAGCUCCCAUCUUCCAACUGGACAACUUUCUAAUGUUCCAUGGAGAAGAACAGGUGUCAAAUAUACACACAAUGAGAUUUACUUUGAUGUCAUUGAGGAAAUUGACUGUAUAAUUGACAAGCAUGGUUCAACAGUUUUUACAGAAAUCCAAGGAGUGAUUGAUUCAUGUUGUAAGCUGUCAGGAAUGCCAGAUCUCUCACUAUCAUUUGUCAACUCAAGAUUGUUAGAGGACCCAAGUUUCCAUCCUUGUGUGAGAUUGAAAAGAUGGGAAGUGAGUUUACACUACAAUAAAUGUGUUAUCCAAGUGCUCAAAGAAAGGAUGAAGUAA